AUGGAUCGUUUAGCUCUCUGUUUAGUUACGUUUUUCCUUUUGGGCUCUGUUAAGGCUUUGCAGUUGCAAAAUAUUCACACGGAUUUUUUGUCAUUUCUUGGAAACCAAUCCUCGGUUUGGAAUCACACCGAUCCGGUUACGUCGGUUCAAGACCAGUCAUGUUUAUAUCAGCUGGAACUAUUUUCAAAGGCCUACUCUGACGAUGAACCGUGGGCCGUAAAUUUUUUCGAUUCAUGGGGUAAAGUCCCUGCUGGGGUGCACUUUGGAAAUGUGUACGAGUUCGGAAAUUUUGAUCAAUGUCGAAGAGUGCUUCAUCGGCAUUACUAUGGAACCGUGGCUGGGCAGCAUUGUACCCUGAUGGUGGACGUACGCGGGUUGAAUUUUGCUUUUGGUCCGAUUUGGUUUGGUCUGUGCAUGCCGGCUGCCUGUAGACCUGCACUAGUAAGUGAUCUGGCAGGAGAAUUCCUUCGACACGAGAACAUGAGAUUGGUCAAUAACUUGGAGCAAUUCUGUUACGGACCCGAGGAACCUCACUACUCAGCUUUGGCAAUAGCGGCAAUUAUACUUUUCUCGGGUUAUGGAGCACUUCUCGUUCUGGCAACGGCCGUAGAAGCACGCUUCCAUUUUUCAUCCCAGACUACUCCGAGCUAUGUAAAACGAUGCUCUAUUUACAACAAUCUCCUUAAAAUCUACAGAACCAUUCCUCGGAAUCAAACGAAAACGGACACAAUAGAUUGCAUCAACGGCAUCCGCUCGCUGUCGAUGCUGUGGAUAAUCGUAAAUCACGUUCAUGACACUUCGCUCGGUAUUCCGGCCUCGAACGGUAUCAUGCAAACGGAGUACGCCAACAGUUACUUCGGGGUACUCUUUCACCGGCUUGGAGGAAAAGCUGUUGACAUAUUUCUGAUGCUGAGUGGAGUGUUGGUGACAAUCAAGGUACUACGUGAGUUGGACCGCAACCGGAAACUCAACGUGCUCAAGUUGUGGGUUCAUCGAAUCGUUCGCAUUACUCCGGCCUACGCCGCUACGAUAUUCUUCGCUGUGGCUUUUACGCAAUACUUCGGGGAAGGAUUCCUACACAAGAGCAUUACGGCAGAAAAUACAGAUAAUUGUUCCAAGAGUUGGUGGUCCGCUCUGCUCUACGUUCAAAACUACGUUCAUCAGAAGAACAUGUGCCUGGCGCAUACUUGGUAUCUCUCCGUAGACAUGCAGCUGUACAUCCUGUCCCCUUUGAUUCUUGUUCCACUGUGGAAAUAUGGAAAAGGAUUUGUUCCAUUCAUCGUACUACUAGCUUUACUAUCAAUAUCUUGUGUCUUCACCACGUUUAUGGUUAACGACUACCGUUUAAACCGAUUAGCCCCAAUCGGCGAUGGACUAAUGGCUCGCAAAACGUACCACGCAACCCACGCUCGUAUGUCGGUUUGGUUGUUUGGAGUCCUCUUCGGCUAUAUCUUACACAACACCCAAUCCCGAGUGGUCCGUCUAUCCAAAACGGUUCAACUUCUAGGCUGGACCAUCACAGCCGCGAUAAUUGUGGCAACCGGCUAUUCACUGAAGCAAGUGUACACCGGCGAUUACACGGCCGUUCCUCUGGUCGCAAAUGCCUUCUACGAAUCACUGCACCGUAGCUUGUGGGCAUUCGCCGUUAUGUGGAUCAUUUUCGUUUGCGUAAACCGGCAGGGUGGAGUGGUGGACGAAUUCCUCGGCUGGACAGGCUGGCAACCGAUGGCGAAACUGUCCUACACGAUGUAUCUGUUGCACAUUUGGCUGCAGGCCGUCACCUUUACCAUGCAGCUGAAGACAACGAUCUACUUCAGCACGAUGAACCUGUUCUACACCAUUUUUGGCCUGACGGGACUCAGCAUGGCGGCCGCUACCGUUUGGAGUGUGGCAUUCGAGUAUCCGUUUUUCGGUGCGGAGCGGAUUUUGUUCGGAAAGAGCAAAUCACAUGUGUAG